AUGACCGAUGUGAGAGAUUGUAUGGGAAGAACUCUUUCGUAUCACUUGUCCAUGUGGCCAGCUGCUAAUGAUUCACAGUUGAAAAGGAUCAACCUCAUGGAUCAAGAUUGGGAGAGCGGAUAUACUGCGUUUCAUUUGUGUAUGCUAAGCUUCCAAUUAGAGAAAUGUUACAAGUUGUACGCAAGAAGCCUACAGGAUCCGCAUGAUGCUGGUAAAUCCUGGCAAAUAACUGAUAAAUCUGGUAUGUCACCUUUACUGCUAUUGCAAUCGAUGGUUAUGAAUAAGGCAGGGUAUAAGAGGAAACUACUCAAUAAGGAUGUCAAGAGUGGAAAAUCCUACUCCAGAUGUUUCAAUUUUGGUUCCAAUGUCAACAUGCAGUUAGGUACCGGUGAUAAUAAUGAUAGAUUAACCUCAUGGUAUGAAAUUGAUUCUUGGAAGAUGUGUGAUAAUGAUCUAAGAUUUAAAUCAUGCUGUAUGACCAAAUACUACUCUCUGUUAUUGAUGGUAGACAAGGAUGGAACAAAUUCAGCAUACAUCACUGGCCGUUCUACGAAAUUAAAUUUGUUUGGAAAAAGAGAUCUCUUCAGGUAUGUAAAAUUCUCUGACAAGAAAUUACAAGAUAUCAAGUGCUCCAAUCAUCAUAUAAUUGCCAAAACAACCAAUGGAAAUAUACUUUUAUGGGGGUCCAAUAAAUAUGGUCAAUUGGGUUUAAACCCUAAAACCACCGAGUUUUCAGAUCAACCCAAUUCAAUAGAGCUUGGACUCGGAAAAGAUGAUCUAAUCGCAUGUUCGAAUAUACACACAUGCGUGCUAUCAAAAUCUGGUUCAAUCAAAUCUUGGGGAUUAGACGUUGGUCAAUUUGGAUCUACUAGUAAAUUCAAAAAAGAGACCCCUUAUCUCGAUCAAAAAGGACAAAUUUCGCCACAACCAGUUACCUCGUUUUUACCAGCUGAUAUAAACGAGCCGACUGUUCUUGUCUGUACAGACCUCGUUACUUUUAUUUUAUGCGGUGGAAAUCGACUAUUUGCGCUUACGAAUUAUAGAAUAUUGACAGUUAAAACGACACCUUCACUGCACGAUUCUUUCGACAAGUUUUUCAGUCGAAAAUUUCAUGAUCAUCAAAUAGUUGAUAUCAAAUGCAAAGACUCACAUGGUAAAAACCUGAUGUUACUCUAUGAUGACGGUACCGUUGCUUGUAUUCCGGAUUUCAAAAAGUCACCUAUACCACAAUGUUUCUGGAGGCCGAAGUACUCCUGGGAUAAGUGUAUAUCUUUCGAUAUAGGCAGUGCUGGGCAGCUUAUUGUUUUAACUGCGAAAAGUGAUAUUUACUCAAGUCCUUUGUUAGGUCGUAAGUUCACCAAGUUACAAGAUAGUAUGGCAGGUGCCUCAUCUUGUCAGGUAUCUUGCGAUCCAUUGUUUGCUUCAUUCAAUGUUUUAACAGCCGAACAUACUGCAAUGAUUACUGAACCUGAUUUUAAACAACAAUCUAAUCUUAAGUUAAAUGACAAUUAUGACCUUGAUGUGAUAUUUAAUGGGAAAAGGUUGACAUCUUGCCAUAGGGCAAUACUUGCAGCCGCCCAGGAAAAGCUUUACUUGGAACUAAUAACUAAUGGAAAAAUUGUUUGGAGGAACAAAUUAGAAGCUAUUGAUAUGAAUCUAAGUACAGAAAAUGGUUAUGUGUGGACGCUCGAGAUCUUCGGACCUGAGGACUUCGGCAUUUAUUUCAAAAGCUGCAUUUCUUGUUAUUAUUCAGUCUCCGACGAAAAUAUGCAAGCUCUCAAUUGUGCAACUCUUCAGAACUUUAUUGAUGUCUAUUACUUACCGAGUUUUUUUACACAACCAAGUACUUUAGAAAGAAACAUCAAAAUUUCAAUACAACCUGAUUUUCCAGUCUCACCGAAUGUCACCCUUCUUUUAGAGGACGGUAAGAGUGUUCUGGCCUACUCAUUUAUUUUACAGGCCCAUUCUAUGUAUUUCAGAAGACUUUUCUCUCAAACCUGGUCAGCUAAUUUCAGCGAUCAUAAAGUGGACUGGACAGAUCUCUCUUAUGAUAUCUGCAGAAGCAUUCUUGAUUGCAUCUAUAAUAUAUCCUGUCAAAAGAAAUCUACUCAGGUACUUGAUAAAAUUGCAUUCAAUAUGGGACAUCAAAGGUAUCACGAUAGGUUAUUGCACAUGCUUGAAAUAUCAGAUAAAUUUAUGCUUUUGACGUUAGUCCAACAUAUAGAAAGCCAGUUGAUAUCAUCAGUUAAUUCAAACAAUGUUAUUGCUUUCUGGAUUGCAGCUAGCGACCUUAAUUUACCGGAUUUAGCCGCCAACUGUCAGGAGUAUAUCUUCAGGAAUCCUUCUGUCUUAUUUAGCUCUGACACCGUAGAGCAUAUCAUGCAAAACAUCACAUCAGAAAUGUGGAAAUCCAUUGAGCAAAAAUUUAGAACAGAAUUAGGCAUGUGCUCACAGGAAAGUUGGUAUUAUGGACCGAAAGCGUCAGAUUACAUUCGUCAACUGGAAAAGAAUAUUGUCGCUUUCAAUUCUCAUUUCAUCUCGGAGGAAAAUCCAUUGGAGAUUUUGGUAGACUCAGUUAUUUAUAAAAAGCAUAGACAAAAGAGUGGUUUAGAUGUAAGGAAACCCAGCAUCAGUAAAACUACACGAAGCUCAUCCAUCAAUGAGAAUCUGGUAAAUAUUAGAAAACCAAGCGCUGUAGCCCAGAAUUCGAUUGCUUGGAAUAAGUCAUAUAACAUGACAGAUUCCGCAAUUGAUGAUGACGAUGAUCAGUCUACUUUUGUUGAGGUUUCUAAGAAGAAGAAACGAAGACCAUCCAGCAUAACAAGAGCUGCUUCGAUAGAUGACAAAGCGGCGCAUGAAAUUCAUACCAACAUGGACGGGAACAGGUUACUGGUUCGCAAAAAUAGUUCAGAACAUUCAUUCCCUGCUCUUGGUGAAACGACUAACAAGUCAAAUAGUACCGUCAAGAUAAAAAUAAAGAAGGAAACUCAAAAAGAGAAAAUUAAACGGAUGGCUGAGGAAGCCAAAUUCCAGGAGAAGCCAAAUGAAGACAAGACUAAAGUUUGGGGCCAACAUAUGAGGAAGUCCCCGUUAACAAACAAACAAUCAACAAAAGUGACUGUAUCUUCGGAGGUAAAAAAUCUUUCAGGUGUAAAGCCAGCUUCGACCAAAUUUCCAACGUUGCAUGAAGCUGUGAAAAACGGGAAAAAGCCAACAGGUAUGGUCGCAAUUUCGGGUGACGGUACGAAGCAAACUAUGCCAUUAUAUGCCUCUACCAAGAGUAACUUAUCCUGGGUCGCUAAGGAAACGACACCCACACCAACAAAAUCUAUUCAGGAAGCUUUGGAGGAAGCAAAAUUUUUGAAGUGGUGGAAUGAAGAAUCACAAAGGAUACAAGCCCAACAAGCGGCGUCGGAGAUGCUAAUGGGAAUGGAGACCGGAAUCCCAUCUUCGAAGCCUGGUUCCCUUAAAAAAUCUUCUUCGAUACAAUCUAAUGGUAAACGCAAAAGUAAAUCAGCGGAUAAAUCUAUGCGUGGAAAUAACACAUCCAAAAUAUCGACAAAUCAACCUGAAAAGCAUGAUCAGACAUCCAAUACGAGUAACAAUCGAAGAAGAAGUUGCACAAAUCCAAAUAGACAAUCCUAA